AUGGCAGCCGGCGGAACAUCCUUACCAACUUCUGUUGGUCUUUGUGGACCCUCAGUGGCGGAUAAAUCGGAAGAAAAAAUGAAUGGCACAAAGUUGGCAAGACUGCUUAUUGAUGAAGGAACAAAAGUUCUGAGAAAAUUUCUGGAGUCCACGCAUCCAGGGUCAACAUUACAGGACGCAUUGAACAACAAUCGCCCAAAGCUCGAGGGUCUGAGGUGGAAGCAAUUUUUAUUUGAUGAGCAAUGGGAGAAAUUGUUUCCUUCCUUAGGUAAACCAGAUCCGCAAAAAUUCGACAUCACGCUCUUACACCUAUUGCUACAUGAAAUUUGUCAUCUAUCGGCUCCUCCGACUGGAUGGCGCAAAAUGCCUGCGGACGCUGAUGCGAGCCCUGAAGCCAGCAUCGUGCGUAUCAAAUGCUAUGAAAAUGAGCUUUGCCACAGUGUUUCUACUGGAGUUCCGAAUGACGAAUUCGAAGACAAAUGGGGCAAAAUAUCUUCGUCCUUAGAAGUACUUAAGGUUGCCGUCUAUCGGAAGAAACUUCAAUCCCUGAAGAGUGCUCCUAUCGAUCACAAAGCUCAUUUGGUUGAAGAGGAACUAGAUGAACAGACGAGGGAGAAAGAACUUGAGAAGAGUGGAAAAGUCUCUGAACUCUCCAGUUGUCUUCCUGAUGACUUGCCAGGAGAACAUGAUAUUAUCGGCCGUGGUGAUCAAAUACAAGACAUCAAAGAAAAAGUUGAAAGUGGAACGGUUCCUGUAAUUCUGAUCACUGGUGGACCGGGAUUUGGAAAGACGACCGUUGCCAAGCGAGUGGCUUGUGAAUUAGAUAGGCUAAAAGAUCGAACUGUUUUCUUUUGUAGUUUAUUAUCAAAGGAAACGUUCCACGAUGUGACCAUGGAAAUGUUUAAUUCAUGUAGUAAAGUGGUCAACACGCAAGUGCCGGAGAAUCCGGGGCAGUGGCUUAAAGACUGGAGCAAACAGAUCCAUGACCAGGUCACUUUUGUUCUUGACAAUGCAGAUGGUGUUCUCGAGUCUGACCAUCGUGAACCAUUUCUUGAAACCUUACGUGAUGUGAGAAAGUUAUCGCGACGAAAUGUCACAUUUGUAAUCACUGCGAGAACAACAUUUGAAAAUCCCGACUUGCCGUUAAAAGAGGUUAGGCUACCCCCGUUGUCGACUGAACAAGCCAAAAAUCUCCUUGUUUCUCAGGUUCGCUCUUAUAAACAAGAUGUUCAACACGAGCUUUGCAAAGCAGAGCAACUUGUCAAAUUAUGUGGCUGUGUUCCUCUGGCACUGUGCAUUGUUGGAUCUCUGCUCUCAGAUUUCGCAGAAGAAACACUCAUCAAAAACCUCGAGAGAGAACCACUGGCUGUCCUCGAGGACGAUCAUGGAUCUGUAGAAAAGGCAAUAAAAACGUCUUUCGAUCUUCUGACAGAAACUGAACGAGAAGCCUUUGUUCUUAUGUCCACUUUUCAAGGUUCGUUCAGCUCAGUCGCUGCUGAGGCUGUUAUGAAAGCAUGCUCUAUCCCUGGAAUUUGGCCGAUCAAGAUUAUUCGUUCCUUGAAGAGAAAAUCACUCAUAGAGCAGCCAAGUUCCCGAAGAUAUCAGAUGCAUCCGCUCAUUCACUCGUAUGCAAGGAAGACUGGUCUAGAAAAUGAUCCCGACCUUUUAGCUAGAGGGGAAAAAUUGGCCUGUGUCCACUUCAUUUCUUGUCUAGCGAACAAUGCCAACAUGUACUGGAGAAAGGACAGCUGCAAAGAGUCUCUUGAUUUAUUUAACGAGGACAGGGACAAUUUCGAGUACUUUUUACACAUCUACGCUCAGAGAAGGAAGGACCAGGAUGAAAAAAUCGCGGAAUACUCUAAGACCUUUUUGGAAAGUUUUCCACAGAAGUGCAUGUAUUUGCAGAAGUGUCUCCCUCCAAAGAUCUACGCUGAUAUCCUUGAACAGUUACUGGACACGUUUGACUCAGUUCUUGAACCGGUAAACUUUGUGGAACUUUCGUGUGCCCUUGGACAUGAAUUUAGGAAAAAAGAUCAGAUGAAGUACAAUGAACUUAUGCGGAAAGUGGAGAGAAUUUACUCUUUAAACUCUGAUGAGUUUGACCGAAAUCCGUUGGCAAAGGUCUACUUUCAUAACAGUUAUGCACGCUUCCUUUCCGAUAAAAAAGAUCCCAGUGAAAAGCAAAGAAUUGACAGAGAGAAUCAAAUUGCUUUAGAUGUAUGCUAUGAAAGUUUGGGUGAUCGUCAUCCAGAGACAGCAGCUACUCUUCUCCUUACAGGAAUAAUUGCACAACGCCUUUGGAAUCUUGAUGUAGCUAAAGAAAGGUUAACAAAGGCGUUAAAACUAUUUCAAGAGGUCCUUGGUAAACAUUUUAUGACUGCUGAAACCCUGAAAGCUAAAGCAGACCUGUUGCUCGCUCCCGAUAAAUCUGUAACCGACUUGAAACCUUGCCUUAAGUAUUAUGAAGCAGCUUUGGAAAUGUUUGAUCAUCUAGGAGUGGGUGGAAGCAAGGAAAGUAUCUUGCCAUUAAAGAACUUUGCGAGUUGUCAUACGACAAGUGGCAACUUUGACGAGGCAAUGAAGUUAUUUAGGAAGGCAGAACAGGUUGCAGAGCGAGAACUAGAGAAAAAUCACACUUGGAAAGUCUCGAUAAAGACUUCACUGGGCUUAUUGCAUGAGAAAAUGGGUAAAGUGGAGUUGGCGAAAAAGGUGAUGCUUGAAGGACUGUUAAUGCACAAAGGACUAGGACUUGCAAUGGACAAGAUAGGAAACAAACUCAUGAUUCGGAAAUUUAUAAAUCGAUAUCCGAAGAUCUUCCCCGAGGCUGAGUUUCCAAGUAAGUACAAGGUUCAUUUUCCAAUUACAUAUUACAUCGUCAUAAAGCUGCUUGACUGUGGAAGAGGUCUGAACGAAAUUUUGGAAUACUUAUCCAGUGGCUACUGUGAAUGAGGAAGUUGUUGACUCCACGAUCAAUAAAAAGUACAUAGAUCCUUUUCAAGUACACGUUUCCAGAAACAUAUUUUUGUGGUUCAAAACUCGUAACUAUCGUCAGUACGAUAAUUCAUUGUGAACUGAAACGCCAUUAUUUCCGCCCCUAUCUCAUCCAAUCGAAUAUCAGUUGAUAUUCUCGUCUGAUCCUAAAAACGCUGUACAUUUAAGUGUGAUUACGUCUGGACACUUCGUCAUGAAUGUUGCAAAGCGAUGUACAUGAUCUUUGUGUUUGAUAUUCUAAUUGGGUGUAUUUAUAUUACCCUUGUAAGUAAAUCUGCUUACUUUUCAUACCUAGAGGAAACUUGAAUCUAUGAAUGCUUUAAGUCAUAAACAAACGAAUCCAAAUAUCUACUUUUGUUUGUAAAUUUCAGGAAACGUUUCCGGGCGAACUGGCCAUUAAGGCAAACAUUCAAGCAAAAAGUCCAAGGCUGGAUCACCAUAAGAAGGGGACAAAGAAAUGUUAGUGGUGACAAGAAAGAACUUUAAGAACAAUGUGGUAUUCGACUUUUUGCAAACUGACGACCGAAACAAAGGAAGAAGAGGGAAGGGAAAUAAGUAAUGUCAUUAACAACUCGCAAAUACCCGACAGUCGUAGGUCGUACUUUUUUAGAACAAUUUAUUUCAGUAUUACAGAUCGAACGAGCUGAAAAAAAAUCAUUGCUGACCCACAAAAAUAGCAAAUGUUUAAAACUUCAGUGUUUUGCAAUUUAUGACAACACAAUUUUGUAAGGAAAAUUUUACUAGAAGACUUGUAUGCGUAUGAAACGUUUUAGUUCAUUAAAUAAUGCUCGGUGAAUAUCUUCGUUGCAAAUCACCAGAAUUAGAUUACAAAGACAUGGAAGUCAAAAAUCGUUACGCGACUUCAAAAUGUUUUGAGUGUUUGGCAAAACGAACAGAUACUUGCUCGAGCUUUUAGUACAGUCGUACCUGUUGAAAACUAAAAAACUUUAGCGAUAACACUACUGAGCCUAAAAAAAAAAAACUACCCCUGUCUACCUCAGACAAAUUGCAUCAUGAUUACAUUAGCUGCCUAAAGCGCUGAGGAUUUGAAUCUGACUACAUAUGCCUCGAUUUAUCGCGCCGUUUUGUGAUUCCUUGGAUAACACUUGAAUUAAGAGGUGCAGUUCACGUCACGUCACGUCACGUCACGCAUAGCCUCCACUUUGGCGAUAGUUUGGACAUCUUGAUAUAAGCUCCCUAAUCUUAAACAUUUCUUGGAAAUUGCUGUCUUCUGAGAAUUAUGUUACAAAGCAUCUCCCAUUCAAACUGUCAUUUUAGCCUCAUAUUUUCUUGAGCAAAAUGGUACCAUGCAAAAGGUCGCGUUCAUUGAGAUUCCAAAACAUUCAAUUCAAAAUCGAGCUCUCGAAAAAUCAGUGACCCUGGCAGCACUGUUCGCCACAGGCUAUUAAAAACUAAGGUUAUAUUGCAAGUGUACAGAAAGGAGCCAAUAUAUAUUUUUCUUUUGCGCCCGAACGCGAUAAAUGUUUGUUCACUUGGAAGGUGAUAUUUAAGACAACGAUGCUCGGCCUAAAUUGCAAUAAAGCCUCUAUGUAGUUUUAUGAACGGUUACUACUACAAUAUGGUUUCGUGCUCGGGCGAGUUCAGGACGACUUAUUGCCACAGUGUCUGUUUUAUUUGGUGAAUCGUUUGCACGAGUUAUAAGUAAUUAUAAUGUUAAGCUAAAGUUGAAGUUACACGAACCGUGACAUUAAGCUUCCCAGAAACAAACAUCUCGAAUAUCCAGCCUUGCAUGACACUUAAUUCAUGCUUUGACAGUCUCAUGCAUGACAGACACAUGCAAAUUGACUUAUUAUACACCCAUAAGUCCAAAGAUCUUUCUCGGAAACUAGAUCACCUCUUUUUUUCUUAGAACUUUUUGCCUUCUUGUAAUGUGGUUUUGAGUUCAUUAGGCUGAUUAAUGUGUUUAAGGAUGGCGACAAAUGCGAUCAUGAAUCCGACAAACACACCCACGCAUCGGUGAGGUAAGCUUAUUCUCUCAUUUUCCAAACGAAAUUUCCAUAAAUACUUGUCUUGCCACCAAGACCAUUCCUCGAGUUAAAACACGAAAGAUAAUGGCUGGCACAGCCUCUUCUGCUGUUUCUCCUGUUUCUUCUGGAUCUUCUGUGCUAAAUGUAUCAGAGGAGAAAACGAAUGGCACGAAGCUAAUGCAACUGUUGGUUGACGGAGGAACACACGUUCUUCACAAUUUAUUACAUUCUGUCUACCCAACGGAUAAAUUACAAGUCGUAUUAAACAACAACAAGGCAAAGCUUCAAUUGCUAAGGUCCAGAGGUGUAAUAUUUAAAAACCAGUGGGAAAUGUUAUUUCCUGCCUUAGGCGAUCCACCGGACUCAAAAACGUUCGACAUUUCACUUUUACAUCUCUCGCUUCGUGAAAUUUGCCAUCUUACGGCGCCUUCAACCGGCUGGCACAACAUGCCUGCAGAAGAUGAUAAGAGUCUUGGAGCAAACAUUACCCGCAUCAAAUGUUUCCGAAAUGAGCUGUGUCACAACGUCUCUACCGAAAUUCCAAACGCUAAAUUCGAGGACAAGUGGAACGAGAUAGCAUUGUCUUUAGAGGCAAUUAAGAUUUGUGUUCUACAAAAGGGACACGUAGAGGAAAUGGAAGCACUGAAAAAAGAUCCCAUUGAUCACAAUACAAAGCGACAUUUGGAGGAACUAGCUAAAGAAUGGAACAAAAUACAAGAACAAGAAAGGAUUCACUCAUCAAGUUUUAGCCCUCGCAGCUGUUUACCGGACAUAAUACCGAAAAAAAAUGUAUUUGGCCGUAACCAAGAAAUAGAGCGUGUCACGAAAAUGGCUGAGGGUGGAGACAUCCCUGUUGUCCUUGUUACUGGUGGACCUGGAUUUGGAAAGACGACUGUGGCUAAACGAGUGGCUCAUGAAUUAGAAAUUUCAGAGAAGGAAGGAACUGUGUUAUUUUGUAGUUUACAAACGAAAUCAACUUUAAAUGAAGUGGCCAUAAGAAUGAUCAACAUAUGUGGUUCAGUCAGCACACAAGUACCAGAGAAUCCGGGGCAGUGGCUAAGAGACUGGAGCAAACAGAUUCAAAGCCAGGUCACGUUCGUUCUUGAGAACGCAGAUGGCGCUCUUGAAUCGGGCGAUAGAGAGUCAUUCCUGAGCCUUUUAUGUGACUUACGAAGUCUAUCGAGGCAAAAGGUAACAUUUGUUAUUACUACAAGGAAAACAUUUGAACAUUCCGACUUGCAGCCAAAAGAAGUCAGGUUGCACCCUUUGUCCACGGAACAGGCAAGAGAUCUCCUUGUUUCCCGAGUGCAAGUCUAUGAAGGUGCUCCACAGAAACUUUCCAGGGUAGAUUACAUUGUUCGUGAUCUAUGUGGCUGUGUUCCUUUGGCACUUUGCAUUGUUGGUUCUCUUCUUUCAGAUUAUUCCGAAGAAACACUCAUAGCAAGCCUUGAAAAGGAACCAUUAGCUGUCCUAGAAGACGACCAGAGUUCUGUAGAAAAGGCCAUUAAGACUUCGUUUGACCUUUUGGAGAAACCCGAACAAGAGGCUUUCAUUCUCCUGUCUUUGUUCCAAGGUUCAUUUGAUAUUGAUGCAGUCCAAGCUGUGACGAAGGCCGAAUGUUCGAUCUCUGGGGCUUUGCCAGUCUCCAUCCUGCGCUCAUUGAAAAACAGAUCUCUUGUGGAGAAGCCCUAUGCCCGCCGAUAUCAGAUGUAUCCGCUUAUUCAGUCAUACGCAAAGAAGAUUGGUCGUGAUAGGUAUGACGAGCUUUUGGCAAUGGGCGAAAAACUGGCUAGUAUACACUUCAUGUUGCGCCUCGCGAAGAAUGCCAAUAUUUACUGGAGUAAGGACACAUGCAAGGAUUCCCUUGUUUCUUUUCAAGAAGACAAGAACAAUUUGGAGUAUUUUCUUCAAAUUUACGCCCGAGGCAGGGAAGAACAAGAUCAAGAGAUCGUGAACGGCUGUAAACUCUUUCUAGACAGUUUUCCGCAGAAGUGGAUGUAUUUAGAAAGAUGCCUUCUCCCACGAUCUUACACUGAGACUCUUGAGAAGUUACUGAAAACUUUUGACUCUCGUAUCCAACCGGUGCACACUGUGGAUCUUUUGUGUCUUCUUGGACAUGAAUACAGGAAAAAAGGAAGAAUAGAAAGGUACAAGGAGGUUAUGGAUGAAGCGCAUCGAAUUCUCUCAGGGAACGCCACUGCAUUCCGAACAAAACCGUUAUCUGAAGUCUACUUUCACAACAGUUAUGCUCGAUUCCUUUCGGAUAAAAAAGACUCAAAGGAAAACGCAAGGAGGGACAAAGAGACUGAAAUGGCUCUAAAGGUCUGCCAUGAGAGACUGGGAAAAAUGCACCCAGAGACAGCAGCAACUCUCUAUCUCUCAGGAAUCAUCGCAAAGCGCAAUAAAAAACCCGAGCAAUCUGAGCAACAGCUCAAGGAGGCUAAGUCAAUUUUUCAGAACUGCCUCGGCACACACUUCAUGACUGUUGAGACUUUAAAGGCCAUCGCAGACUGCCUUUUUUUUCUUGAAGGGAAGAACAAAAAUUACUCGAAAAUGUGCCUUGAGCAUUACCAAGCAAUCGUGGAGAUGUUCGAGGAACUUGGAGCGAGCGGUAGCAAAGAAAUUGUUUUGACCCUAAAGAACUUUGGAAUGUGUCACAUGAAAAAGCACAAUUUUGAAGAAGCAAUGGUCUUACUUAGAAAGGCACAACAAGUUGUCGACCGAGAACUAGAAGAAAAUCACAAAUGGAAAGUCGGGAUAAAGACUGCGUUGGCUAUAUUGUAUGACAAAAUGGGAAAACAAGACAUGGCGAUAGACGAAAUGCAAAGGGACUGCGAAUGGCAAAAAUAUUUGACCUGUCAAUAG